UUUUCUCCCCUUUAAAACUAGUAACACCACCCCAAUUCGCUUCACAAAAACAAUUCUCAUCAUCUUUAACACUCUCAACAAAUUAAAUCACCAGUCUAUUAAUCAUGGCCGACCGUCACACACACGGCCACCUUCACACUCACCCACACCGACGUCCUCAUGAAGGUGGUGGCAUGAUGAAAAGUCUUCUUCCUUCAAAAGGUCCUUCAGCUACACAAAUAUUAGCUAUUGUAACUCUACUUCCUGUUGGUGGGACCCUUUUUUGUCUUGCUGGUCUUACCCUUAUUGGCACUUUAGUUGGGCUUGCUGUUGCAACUCCAGUGUUUCUCCUCUUCAGCCCAGUCAUUGUACCUGCUAUUCUUACUGUUGGGCUUGCUGUUGCUGGGUUCAUGACUUCCGGUGCUUUUGGUGUUACUGGGCUUUCAUCUCUAUCUUGGAUCCUCAAUUAUCUCAAACAAGGUAAGUCGGUCCCGGAAAAUUUAGAUGCGGCAAAGAGGCGCAUGGCAGAUGCAACUGCCCACCCUGGGCAAAAGAAAAAGGAUGUGGGACAAACAAUCCAAAGCAAAGCACAAGAAGGAAAAGAAGGAGCCAGGACUACUUAAUUUUAGGACUAUCUUAAGUUGGAAAUAAGAAAUAUUAGAAUGUGCAUUUUAAUUUUUGCUUGCUCACUUGGGCUUUCUAGUGUUUUGUGCUUUAUAUGAUAUAAUGUGUAAGUGGCUCAUUUUUCUUUUGCAACGCUUUGGCUGUUUGUUAAUUAUUCCUCAUUUUUGAUGUAGUCAAGGUUGGAAGGCUCUAGAAUUACAAUCCUCUA